GCCGCCUCCUCCGAGCGGCGGCAGCAGCGGCAGCAGCAGCGCGGCAUGGCCGCUCCCCGCCGCCUCCUCCUCCUCCUUCUCCUCCUCCUCCUGAGCGCCGCCGCCCCCCUCGGCGCUAAGGUAAGCGCGGCCCUCGGGGCUGACCCUGCCCGGAACGGCGGCUCCGCGCCCGCCCCGCUGACAAAGGGCCGCGGUGACCCGGGGAGGCCGCCCGCCUGCAGCCAGCCCCGCCGUCGGGGGGGGGGAACGGCCGUUUAGGGCCGAAAUGCGACUUUCCUCUCCUCCCACGGCCACAGGCGUAGGGUUAGGAGCCCGUUCCGGCCCUGCCCGCACGGCUUUUAGCACCGGGAACCCCCGGCUGGCAGGAGGGGUCUGAGCGAUGGGCUGCUGCCCGCACAAAGCCGCGGCUGCGGUGCGCUCACACCAUCAAUUACCUGCUUUGCUGCUGGGAGGACGGAGGGGGGGGGAACGGCUUUUUGCUGCAGGAAGGGAGGCUGAGGUGAGACGGCAGGAGGAAAUUCUUUGCUGAGAGCGGUGAUGCCCUGGCACUGCUGCGCAGAGCUGUGCCGCCCCAUCCCUGAGGUGCCCCGGGCCACGGAUGGGCUGUGGGCAGCCUGAGCUGGGAGCAGCCAGGGGGUGCGCCCACCUGGGGGGUGGGUGAUCUGUGGGGUCCCUCCCCCCCUCUGUGGUUCUGUGCACCCCAGCUUUGAGCAGCGCUGCCACCCGAGCUGCGGUUGCCUUUGGGUUGAAGCCCCGCUGUGCUGCUUGCACCUCGUUUCCAGCCUCACGCACACUCUGCCUGCUCUGCGUGCCCCAUAAGCGGGGCUUCCCAGGGUCAGGCUGCCAGAUGUGCACUCCUUCACCCCGCACGGAGCAGGCUGUGAAGGCAGCGGUCAUUAAGGGAUUAACCUGCUGUUGCUUUUGCUCUCUGCUUUUCUGCGGCACGCAUGCAGAGAAUGCCGUGGAGAGCCUCAGCCCCCAGAUAAGCAAAUUCCUCCCUGCUCCAAGCUCUCUGGCCUCGGUGCCUCUGCAAAAGCGGAUGGUGGGGAUCCCUCAUGCACACCCCAUCUUCCUUUCCUCUUUCCCUUCGCAGCAGUCCACCAGAGAUCUGUUUUCUGGGGGGAGAGGAGGGGACGCAAUUGCAAACUAACAGGGAUUUGUUCUGUCUCUCCCUGGAAAGCCCUUCUAACCCCCGACACACACACAGGCUGUAAUGAGCCCCAGCAUUCAGUGCGCAGUGUGGGACACUGAGCCAAUGACACACUAAUUGCCGUUAUUCCCAGCUUUCUGGGAAACCCAUCGUAGCUUAGAGCUGAGCCGACACGCAGCAGAGAAUCAUUAGAGGGUUCAUUUUCUCCCUUUCUGUCCUUCAGAAAGACCGCCUGGAAAACUGAUAGGAUGUCAGCCCGGGCCCUCCCUCCUUCUGCAGGGCUGAAGCAGUUGUUUGUGGCAGCCUUUGUCUGGCUCUGGUGGGGGGUAGAGGGGAAACAGCUGCUGAGCCUUUGGGUAGGCAGGAAAAGCUUUCAGCGGUGCUGGCUUAGAGACAGCGAUAUUGGACGCCCCUGGAAGAGCUCCCUGGCAUCGCUGAAGGCUCUGCUCACCCCCGAGCAUGGGGACGGGAGGGCAGCCCUCACCAGAGCACAUGCACAGCCUCCCGUGUAGGUGUUGAGGCACAGGAACCCCGUGGUUAGCCUCAGAGAGGAAGAGCUGCAGCUGUACAGCCUGCGUGCCAAGCCACAAGUGCCUCCAGGGGAAUUCUUGAGGAGAGCACCUGGCUGAGCUGCACAGUGGCCUGUCUUUUCUGCUGAUGUGAUUCCUAGCCCUUAACAGUUUCUCAUCAGCUGAGGAGCUGUACCGGAUCCUCCUCCCAUGUCCAAGCCCAGGCAGAGCCAGCCUUACAGACCCUGGACCUACACCCACCUCCUGCCCUACAGUUUCUAGUCCGCUCCAUGCGUGGUUCUGCAGCGUGGCACAGGUUUGAGCACUUCAGCAUCUCCCACAGCCAGGAGAGUGCAGAGGUGUUGCCUUAAAGCCCCUUGGCUUCUCAUUCUCCAAGGAACGGGGGGGAUCUGCUUGGCCAGAAGCGACCCUUGAGGUCUGCCGAGGGGCUUGGGAAACCAAAGCUGGGAGCUUAUCUAAUCUGGAGUCCAUCCCACAGGCCUUACUUUAUUACCUGGCCAUUUGGAAACUGCAAGUAUUGCUAAUUACGAACAAGAGCCGUUUGCCUGUCGUGGGUAGAGCAGAUUUAUUUCUGACAGCACAGCAAACUCAGCCCGGAUUGGAACCGGCUGCCCCAGCUGCACAUACCUGAGUCUCACCUCCACGUCUCCGGGCUGAGGACUCAGCUGCUGUCACACCGUGAGCCUGGCUGUGAAAGGCUGCAGCUCAGCACUGUCCUCGCUUACACAGAUAAAUAAGUGCUGCUGGGCAAGGGCUGGCAAGAGUGCUUGGUCAUGGAAAACCUGAGAGCCGAAUCAAUCUAUUUAAUGCGGGAUUGAUUCCUCCAGCGCGGGGAGGAAGCGGGAACAGGGGCUUAACGGAGGCGGAGGAACACAUUUCAUUUGAGAACCGCUGUCGCUGCUGGAGCUGCAGCAGAGCCCACAGGGAUGGAGUGGGGUAGAGGCUGGGGAAGGGCUGGGUAAAUAACGCCAGCCCACACGCCUCCCCCUGGGCAGUCUGUGCACCCCACGCUGCUCCGUGGUUGCUCGGUCACGUGGGAAGGGGCCAGCUGUGAUUGAUGCCCCAGCUCCGGAGAGCCUGCUUUGCACUGAGCUCUUUGCACAGACAGAUAAAUCAUUGUCCUCUCCUUGCCAGCAGCUGCGAAGGGCGCUUCCUCCGCAGGCCUGGAGAUGCUUAUCGCGGGGGUCAGGGGGAGAUCUGGACUGAAAAUACAGCCUUUCCUUUCUGUCUUUGUAACCGGGGGAGCUGCACAGCCAGCAUUUCCACCUGCAGUCUGAUCGCGUGCAGCCAGACAGAAAUCGCCGUAGGACGCAGGUUGAAAUGAGCAUCUGGCAGCGGAGGGAAAGGUCUUGCUAACAAUCUGCUUGUUUCUUUCGCGCUUCAUUUUCCUCUGGAGCAGCUGAGCUGCUCGCCGCAGCGCUCUCUCUCUGUCAGAGAAGUCACAUCCAGCCAGCACACCCACGUUGCAAGGAGUUUGGUCGCGCUGCUUUCGCCAUCAGCUGUUGUAACCACAGAAGAGUAAAGCAUCAGGUGGCGCGCUGCUUGCUUUGCAGCAGAGCAGGUUACCUUCAACACAGUCCGGCUGCGGUACGGUCACCCUGUGCUGAGUUCUAACCCCAAAUCAGCAGCAUCUCCUCAGCCCAGAGGAUGCUGUCGGCAGAUGCUAUAGAAACAAAUGCUCAGGCAGGAAUUACACUGCGAGAUGAAGAACGCUUUGGCUUUAUCACACCCUAAAAGAGCGUCGAGCCAAGAGGCAGUCAACCAAAAUAGUGAACCGAGCUCAGCAGACUGCUGAGCUUUCUUUCACAUCCAUCAAUUACGUUUUGCAGAGCAGUUCUUCCCACCAGGGCUAUCAGCACUGCCACGAUCAGCAGGUUUUGCUAAGAGUAGCGCUGCUGCGGCCUCUCCGUGCCCUCAGCGUAACAUAGAGAUGCUACACAGACAAUACACACCAAUUAUUUGUUCUCUGCUGCUGCUACUGAUACCCCGUCAGCGUUUUCAGCUGGCUAAAUCAAUUCUAGCCACUGCCCCAUGGUGAGCUCGUUGCUGCAUUUAAGUCUCUGCUCGCAGCUGUGUUGCAGUUAACAGCUGAUUUGCUCCUGCUCACAGUUUGCAGAAGUCCCUGGAGCCUUCAGGGCAUCACACAGCAGGAAAAGCUUUGCAAGAAAAGAUGUUGCUGUAACACAUGCUCACUUACCUGCUGGGAAUCUCAGAGGUGCAGCCAACAGCAGCCCGCUGCCGUGACCACAUAGUGCUGGGAGAGCUCAGGUUUGCCAAAUUUAAAGGGUUGGCCCCAGCAAAGCAUGCUGGGGGAGGGAGAAAGUCCUCUGCUGAGCACGGAGAGGCCAGCAAAGCUGUGCUGAGACAGGCUGCCUGUGCCUGUGCCUGUGCGAGGCUCUGGUUCUGAAGCACUCUUGAAAAUGACUUUUGUGACAGUCGCAGGGUGAGGAACUUGGACCUGAGCCGACUUAUGCACAAAGAGGAGUUUCUUCCCUGUGAUACAGCCCUGCCAAAGGACAGAUGCAUCCCUCCCCCCACCCCCCUUCCCCGCAGCCGGGCGCUGCAGCCUUCCUGCUGCUCCGUGCUGGCUGGCAGCUGGGGCUCUGGGCUGCUGGUGUGUCUGAGCUGGGCUGGCACUGAGCUCGCAGCUCGAGCUGCAGCCAGACUGAGUGCCACGCAUGUCGUGCCCAGCAGCCCUAUCUCCAUGCUGCGAGAUCCCCGAGGCAUCCAUCCAUCCAUCCAUCCAUCCAUCCAUCCAUCCAUCCUCUGGAGAUAGGCCGCCGGGUUCCCCAGCUAACCGUCCUCUGUUUCUGUCAGGACAGUAGUGAGGCAGCAGGUGGAGAUGGCCCCUGGGAUGAAGAAGUUACCACGUGGUGGGGAGAGUGGAGCUCCUGGUCCACCUGCUCUCGAUCCUGCGGGGGAGGCGUGAUGUCCCGGGAGCGGCACUGCCUGCGGCAGCGGUGGGUCCCAGCGUGCACCCUCCGUGGUGCCCCAACCUCCAUUGGUCCCUGACAGCCCCAUUUGGCCCCUGCAGCUACUGCAGUCCUGCUCCAGAUGCCCCAGGGAACAAACAGCACCAUGUGUGUUGGCCAAGCCAAGCACUACCAACUGUGCCAGCAGCAGGGUGGACAGGGCAUUUUCAUCCUCCAAGGAUGCGGCGGGGCCAAGCAGCUGUCACAACCAGGGCUGCGACACAGGGAGCUUUUGAUCACAUUUAUUCCCUCCAUAGCCCUGCCCAGCCAACACAGCAAGCUUCAAACAACAGCAGUGCUCCAGUUUCAAUGCCAAAGCCUUUGGGAAGCGGUACUACCACUGGAUGCCCCUCUAUCCAGAUGACUACACCAGCAUCUCCAACAAGCCGUGUGACCUCCAGUGCACCACGCGGAAUGGAGAGAGGCAGCUGAUGGCCCGAGCCCAGGAUGGUACCUCCUGCAAGGACAGGACCUACCAAGGGGUCUGCAUCAAUGGGAAGUGCGAGCCAGUGGGGUGCGAUGGGAGCCUGUAUUCGGCCCGGACGAUGGACAGAUGCAGGGUGUGUGGAGGGGACGGCAGCACUUGUCACCGUGUCUCAGGCAGCUUCCGAAAGGCAGUCUCACAGAUAGGUUACGUGUUCAUCACCAGCAUCCCUGCCGGUGCCAUGGACAUCCUCAUCAUGGAACGCAGGAAGACAGAAAACAUCCUGGCACUCGCUGAUGAAUAUGGGCAUUUCUUCUUCAACGGCAACUCUGCCAUUGACAACCCCCAGAACUUCAGGGUAGCUGGCACCGUCUUCAAGUACAGGCGGCCCUCGAGUCUGAAUUCAGACGGCCUGGAGUAUAUCAUAGCUCACGGGCCCACCAACCAGUCUCUGAAUGCCAUGUACUAUAACUUCAAUGGGAAAAUGCCACAUAUAACUUACGACUACACUGUACCACGGGCACCACCACCUCUCCGAACUGCAGCCCCUGCUGUAGACAGACCUCGUUAUCAUCACCCAGUAGAGGCCGGCCAGAGCCAUCCUGUCCCAGCCAACUUCAGAGCUGCCAAGGACUCCAAUGCCACCUGGCUUUCCCUGUCGCCAGAUGACACCAACCAACGGCUUUCUCUAAAAGAUAGGCAUGAAGAUUUAGGCUUUAGCCAUCCACACUUCUUCCACACCAACUCCACCAGCCACCCUCGGGGCUGGGGCUGGGAGCAAGGUGAAGAAAAGGAGAAUGACUUCCACUUAAGACAAGUCUACCACGCAAACGAAGAAGAGGAGGAAGCAGCAGCAGUUGGUGGAGAAACAGAAUUGGCCCUCAAAUUCAACCAGAUUUCCAUCAGCACGGCUGUACCCUACAGUAUGAGGAGGUCUGAGCUGUUGGAGCACAGCCGCCUCGCAUCCUCCAGGCUUCGUCUCUACAGGAGGCUGUGCCACCGGGACCCUCACCACGCUGCCUUCUGCAGGGAGCUGCAGUACCUGGCUGCCAGGCUGGCCCAGAGGAACACCACGGCAGGACUAUGGGCUGAAACGGCUGCCCGGUGGCCACAGGGCCUCCACAAAGCGCCGUCUCGUAAGAACUCACUGGAGGACUUGAAGGUGGAGGUGUUUGCUGGGAGACAGGGGAAGGAGAGCAACUACAGCAUGGUGACAUCUGUGGAGAGCUCUCUGCUGGGUGCCAGCACAGCGGUGGACGUCAACCAGGCAGAGCCUCUGCGAGCCCCCGGCACUGAAAGCAACGAGUUUGAUGUGAGCCCCGUGGGCCACGAUGACAUCAGCUUGGCUGACAUGUAUCGGUGGAAGGUCUCAGCUUAUGCCCCCUGCAGCUCCACCUGCACUUCGGCAGGUAUCAGUGCCUCCUAUGCAAUGUGUGUACGGUACGACGGAGUGGAAGUGGACGAAGCAUACUGCGAUGCCCUGACCCGACCAGAACCUACACAUGAGUUUUGCACAGGCAGAGACUGCCAGCCUAGGUGGGAAACAAGCCGGUGGAGUGAGUGCUCCAGGACCUGUGGCGAGGGCUACCAGUACCGCACCGUGCGCUGCUGGAAGAUGCUGGCUCCAGGCUUCGACAGCUCUGUUUACGAUGACCUCUGCGAGUCGGCUGGGCUGGCCAGGCCCAUAGAGAGGAAAGCCUGCAAGAACAAGGCCUGCGGACCCCAGUGGGAGCUCUCGGAGUGGUCUGAGUGCUCGGCCCGAUGUGGCACCCAGGGGACGAUGAAGAGGGAGGUGCGCUGCUCGGUGGAGGCAGCCCUCUGCGAUGAGUCCCAGAAGCCCAGCAGUGAGAAGGACUGCACAGGACCGCCCUGCGACCGCCGCUGGACCGCCUCAGACUGGGGCCCGUGCUCAGGUUCGUGUGGUGAGGGACGCAUAAGCCGUUUCGUCGCCUGUCGCAACCUGGAGGGCAAGGUGAUCUCUGACACGCAGUGUGACCCAGCUGCCAAGCCCCUGGCCGUCCAUCCGUGUGGAGACAAGGACUGCCCUGCACACUGGGUGGAGCAGGAGUGGGACCAGUGUGAUGCCAGCUGUGGACGAGGGACGAAGACCCGGGUUGUCCUGUGUGCAGGGCUGGAGAACGGGGUGUACAGGGAGUACCCUGAGAAGCGCUGCGAGGCUGGGCAGAAGCCUGAGGAGCAAGCUGCCUGCUUCAUGAGGCCAUGCUCAACCUGGUUCACUACCUCCUGGUCUCAGUGCAGCAAGACAUGCGGUGCUGGUGUGCGGCUGCGCGAGGUGAAGUGCUACCAGGGGGAAGCGCUGGCCCAGGGCUGUGACCCCGCUUCCAAACCAGAGGGCAGGCAGACCUGUCAGCUCCAGCCGUGCCCCACGGAGGCCCCAGAAGAAGACUGUGAAGACAAAGCGACGGCCAACUGCGUGCUUGUGCUGAAGGUGAAGCUGUGCUCUCACUGGUACUACAGGAAGGCUUGCUGCCGGUCGUGUCGCCUCAAGUCACCGUGACUGCUGCCAGGCUGGAGUUCCCUUCCAAGUUCAGGGGCAUGAGCCCCCCUGAGCCAGACUUUACCACCCGAAGCCACCUCACUUGGCUUGGCCGCGGAGCCAGUCCCUGUAGACCAGCAAGAAAGGACUCCUAGGACUUAGUCAUCACCGUUCCCUCUCCACCAAGAGGACUUUACUGAAGACAAACCACCAGUUCCUAGAAAGCUACUGAGAAGUGAGUUGGGAGAGCCUGUCCCCGCUGUCAGUCGUCUCCGGAGAGCUCUGCUUGGAGGCGGUGGGGCACAGAGCCGGCCCGCAGCAGGGCACGGCCCGCAGCCACCCUGUCCUGCCCUGCAGAUUGUUCUGCUACGUGGGCAAUAUCCAAACGCAGCCAAAAAAAAACUCUUGUGUCACAAUAAAGAGCUAAACUGUCAAA